CACACACACAGGAGCAAUCCUGCCCUCUCCCUCUCCCUAUCACUCUGAGCUGGAAGGAUCACUUCCGCCUGGCUGCAGGAACAAUAAGCCGGAGAGCAUCUCUUCUAUUAAGAUCACAACCAGCUCAUUUUCUGUGUCAUGGAGAGCAGAUGAAGCCUUAAAGCUGUGAGCACCCAGCACAGGAAGAUCUCACACGGCCUGGCCCUGGGAGGAAGGGGGGGAGGGAACACAGGAAAACCAUCAGCAAGGAGGCUGUGAGGACUGCUAAAGAUGUCCGAUAGUGUGGAUAUUGAAGAGAAACCUCCAGCUCCUCCUCUUAGAAUGAACAGUAAUAACCGUGAUUCUUCAGCAUUGAAUCAUUGUUCGAAACCACUUCCAAUGGCACCCGAAGAAAAGAACAAGAAAGCCAGACUCCGCUCCAUCUUCCCAGGAGGAGGGGAUAAAACCAACAAGAAGAAAGAAAAAGAACGUCCAGAGAUCUCGCUCCCUUCUGAUUUCGAACACACUAUACACGUUGGCUUUGAUGCUGUCACGGGGGAGUUCACCCCAGAUCUCUGUGGUUCACAGAUGGGCACAGGGAAACUCCCAGAGGGAAUUCCAGAGCAAUGGGCAAGGCUAUUGCAAACCUCAAAUAUCACCAAACUGGAGCAGAAAAAAAAUCCUCAGGCCGUACUAGAUGUCCUCAAAUUCUAUGAUUCCAAAGAGACAGUCAACAACCAGAAGUACAUGAGCUUUACAUCUGGAGAUAAAAGUGCACAUGGCUACAUAGCUGCCCACUCACUGAAUGCGAAGACUGCAUCAGAGCCCCCACUAGCACCUCCAGUCUCAGAGGAGGAAGAUGAAGAAGAGGAGGAAGAAGAGGACGAUAAUGAACCCCCGCCUGUUAUUGCCCCUCGUCCCGAGCAUACAAAAUCAGUCUACACUCGGUCUGUUAUUGAACCAAUUGCUGUACCAGCACCAGCUAAAGAAGCCUCCACCUCCCCUGUGACUACCCAGCCAGAAAACUCUAGCACUAGCACUUUGUAUAGGAAUACUGACCGACAACGUAAAAAAUCCAAGAUGACCGAUGAAGAAAUUCUGGAGAAACUUAGAAGCAUUGUUAGUGUGGGAGAUCCUAAAAAGAAAUAUACGCGCUUUGAAAAGAUUGGGCAAGGGGCAUCGGGUACUGUGUACACAGCAAUAGAUAUUGCGACAGGACAAGAGGUAGCGAUAAAACAAAUGAACCUACAACAGCAGCCCAAAAAAGAAUUAAUUAUUAAUGAAAUCUUGGUCAUGAGGGAAAAUAAAAAUUCCAACAUUGUGAAUUAUUUAGACAGUUAUCUGGUUGGAGAUGAACUCUGGGUAGUGAUGGAGUAUCUGGCCGGAGGAUCUCUGACAGAUGUUGUUACAGAAACAUGCAUGGAUGAAGGACAGAUUGCUGCAGUCUGUAGAGAGUGCCUACAAGCCUUGGACUUCUUACAUUCAAACCAAGUGAUACACAGAGACAUUAAAAGUGACAAUAUUCUGCUUGGGAUGGAUGGAUCUGUGAAGCUUACUGACUUUGGCUUCUGUGCCCAGAUCACACCAGAACAAAGUAAAAGGAGUACCAUGGUGGGAACGCCUUAUUGGAUGGCACCUGAAGUGGUGACGAGGAAAGCAUACGGCCCCAAAGUAGACAUUUGGUCACUAGGGAUCAUGGCCAUAGAGAUGGUGGAAGGAGAACCUCCAUACCUUAACGAGAACCCUCUCAGAGCAUUAUACCUGAUAGCAACUAAUGGGACCCCAGAACUGCAGAACCCAGAGAGACUGUCCGCUGUUUUUCGAGAUUUUCUAAACCGAUGCUUAGAAAUGGAUGUGGACAGGAGAGGCUCUGCCAAAGAGCUCUUACAGCAUCCAUUUUUAAAACUAGCCAAGCCACUCUCCAGCCUGACUCCACUGAUCAUAGCAGCAAAGGAAGCCAUUAAGAACAGCAGCCGUUAGUUGUGAUCAUCAUGAGUUGUAGCCUGCACAGGAAAGCAUUGAACUCUGCAAAAUAUCUUGAAAACCUCAUUCCCUCACACAGCAGGAUUAGUGAGCUGAUUAACAGGAGAGUCCACAUCUACUGUCGUAGAGCGACACAGCCCCAACACAAAGCACCUACUUGUGUCUUCUUCCUGCCCUCUUGGAUUCUUUAUUUUCAUUUUUUUGUAACCAGAACGGGUCUGCAAAUCUCCGCUCAGCGCAUUUGAAACUGGUACUGCACUCCCACACCCUAAUCCUGUGCAAAAACUUUCUUUAAAUUGGGUGUUCUUUCAUAAACAAACGGUUCAUUUUCUGGUAUUGUUGUUUGCUUUCUACUAAAGGAUUUAAAAAAAAAGAAAAAAACACAAAAAACUGGAACAUAAGGUACUUCUGCAUUUCCAAAUAUGCAGCAACUCUAACAGGUCCACAUUGGUCUGAUUAGAAUUUCAACACAGCUGCUCUGAUACUGUCCCCAGUCUGAGGACUUGGCUUCAGCACAGGGUCUGUUUACAUUACUAAUGGCAAAAUCUGCAUGUUAAAGUAACCAUUGCUCAGUGAGAAGUUACAAUGAAUUCAUUGGGAUGUAACACAGCCAUAAACAGAUCUGGUCACACAGAAACAAGCAUAGAGAAUCUUUCUCUGCCAAAGGAACAGUGUUUUGUUAAUCCUGGCAGUGAUGAGUUUAAUCGCUUAUAUUCAUAGCACAAAUACUCCUUCUAUAUCAAUGGGAAUUUUUUUGGGGGGGAGUGGGAGGGGAAUUGUCAAGGAUACGUUGAAAUUUGCAGCUGUUAAUAUGUUCAGAAAAAGUCUAUUCACAACCAUUGUCCCGUCUGAGGUGAAUAGGUGAGCACUGAUGCUUGUUACAAAAAAACAGAACCACAAUAAAAUCCGUAUCAUACAAGUUGCUAAAGAAUAGAUUAUGUUUACGGUAACCGUACACAAUGCACUUUUCUAUAACUGUCUUCAUUUUGACAUUUUCACUCUGGUCAGUUCACCUCAGAAGGAACGUUGGUCUAUGUAAUGGCAAUGCCCUCCUUUUAAAAGAUAAAAAAAUUAGGUUCAUGGGUAUUACCUCACCCUUUUUCACCCUUACCGAGAUAGAGAAUAAUGUCACAUACAGGAUAAAAAAAAUAGUCACAUUUGAUUUGUGGCAUAUGCGUAAACAUAUGUUACUGGCAACAUAAGUUACUUUUAUGAAGUUAAUUCAGAAGAUUUUGAUUUAAUAAAAAAAAAAAAAACUAGGGAGGUGAGAACUCUCAAUCAUGAAACUAUUAGUUUUUUUAACACUUGUUAUAAAUGUACUAUUGGCAAAUUAAUACAAAAAAUAGAAAUAAAAAAAUACAAAAUAGAGAUCAGAUAAAUAUAAAAUGAUUUUCAUUCUUUAAGUGUUUGUGUACAACUUAGUUUGUGUCUACAUUAACCCCUACAUAUAUAAGAUUAUCACUAUUUCGUUACUCUAAAAUUUUAAUCUAUUACUUUGUCAAAAGCCUUCUUACACAUUGAGAUUGACUCAGUUGUUACAUAGAAUUCCGUGAUCCCAUAAAAGGUCUUGCAAAUGCUGUUUUAAUGACAUAAUUCAAUGUUUUUCAACACUGUUUUGGCCAAAGAUUUCUGCAGUACAUUAUGGUCUGUCUAAAAGGCAAAUUUAAAAAUAAAUCAAAUUUAAACCCAGUAUAAAAAUAACUGGAGUACUUAAAAUAUUGCUGAUCAGAAAUGGAAAAUUUUUCAAGCAUUUAAGUUGAUGAAUAACACAAUAGGUCCUAUUCAUCAUGGCAACUGGGCCAUUUUUUUUUUUUUUUUUACAUCCUGUCCUUCUCCCAAAAUAAUGCUGCUCAAACGGCUGCUUAGUACACCCACAUCUUACAGACCAGAAAAGACUUUCAAUAGUUUGACUCAGUCAUGUUUGAAUUCAAUCAGAGAGUGAUUAGAGAAACCAUGGCUUACUGUCAACAAAGCUAACAUUCUCUUCUGUACCAUAUACGUUUCCACAUAUGGCAUAAUAUGGUCACAACACAAUGAAUAGCAAGUUUCAUGAAUUAUACUAUAUCUUGUACACUAAAGCCAUAGCUAGCACCAUUCAUUUAGUAAGAAAUAUAAUAUUUUGUUACUUGACAUGGACAACCUGCAACCCUACAUCUUAAUUUAUCCUUAGCCUGCUUUAACUGAUGAUACUUUUUCCUAGCCGUCUGAUGAAAGGCCACAGUUUAACCACACCUGUUCAAUACUCUUGAUAGGGUGACCUUCUCUUUAUUUGCCUAGGUCUUUGACGGUUUUUAACACUCUGAAGAAAAAUUGUCUGAAAAAUGUCCUAUCCAUCCUUUAUUGCCUUUGUACUUUGUUGUACCUAAGUUACUCUGUCCUUCUGUCUGAAGUGAUAUGCAUCAGAGUCACCCAAUAUCUGCAUGUACACAAGUACUAUACAUGAUGAUCGGUUUUAAUACCUUCUCUACAUCCUCAAGUUACAUGAAUUUUAUAUCCAUUUUCCUUUUUUCUUUUUUUAAUUGUUUAUUGUCUAAUGAAGUACUUCCUACUAGUAACUGAACCUGCAAUUAUUGAUUGAAUGUGUAUUGUCUCAUCUUAAAACCUUGAAUAUCUCUGAAAUAACGUAUAGGUAUAAGUCUGAACAGGGUAUUCCAAAUUUCAUGAUUUUUUUUUGGUUUUUUUUAAAAUGGAAAUAUGUAAAUUGGGGUACAAACAGAUUGCUUAAAAUGGGAUUGUCCAACAAGAGUUUUAACAGCCACAAAAAUGUUCUGUGCAUUUCCAGAAUGGAUUUAUUAUGGACUGGCCUGCCACCAUUUUCGUUUUGACAGUAUACAGAACUACCAAUGGAACAAUUUUCAAUUACAGUCACAAAUUCCUAGCUCCAUAUUUAUAUUUAAUCAUUUGGAUUGGUCAGUGUGUGUCCCUCCAUACUUGUUGAUGUAUUUCAGGUUAUUUUUGAACCUGUCAUUGUUUGUGAUUGUAGUAAAUUUGUGCUAAUGUGUGUUGGAUAUGGACGGGGUAUUGUAUGUUGGAUAUCUCAGUGUGUUGUAUGGUUUGUAAGGCUGCACAAUGUACGUUGGCUUACUUAGUAUGUGCCAAUCAUCUGUUAAGAACAUUAUAUUUGUUUACCAAUAUGUUUCCUUUGGACUGCAAUGUGGCAGCAUGCUGGUGGCCCACUCAUUGCCCAGUUGUGAUGUUUACCACUCAUAAUAACUGGUGUAUUAGUGGAAGAACAGAUUUCUUGUUUAUGACCUUUUUCUCAUUGGAUAAUAACCUCCAAACCUCUAUUUUUAUGAUGACGCUAGGUUUGGACUAGAAUAUGUUAUUAGUGGUUGUUUAUUUAUUUUGAAGAGAAAUGUACUUUUCUUGAAAUUCUGUUAAUCUUAUACAUCUUCUUGUGUAUUAAAUUAUUGCUGCCAGUAGCUAUAUGGCCCUGGGAGAGCUUUUUCUAGAUCUGAUGUUCCAGUCUUCAUCAUAAAACUAUUGGGGUUUGGGUGUGUUGUUGCCAGGCAUGACACCAUUGUUGCAGUGCUAUUAAAAUAAUGGGAGUCUUACUUCAUUUACAGGGUUUUUAAUUGUAAACGUAUGUUCCCUGCUGUUAAUGGAGCCUUCAUUACUAUGUGUAUCCCCAAGAAAAUGUGUGACAUGGUUCAUGUUAUUUUAAAAUCUCAGUGUGGGUGCUGCUUGACAGCCAUUUAUCUUCCCUUAUGCCUCAGAACCCCACGGCUUUAAUAGGAAUCCACGACUAUACGCAAGACAGAUCAACAAGGAUAGUCCAAUGGGUAUAUUUAAAGUUCUGUUAUAUCCAGUAAUGAGGGCAACAUUAUUUUGUUUACCCUAGAAAGCCCUUAAAAUUCUUAAAAAUACUUAUUGUAAUAUAUGCCUUUUUACCCAGCACCUGUGGAAAUACAUAUUGAUCCCAUAAAAUAAAUGAUCCUAGUUAAUGUUUUAACUGACUGGUACUGUACGUUCACAAUGAUAUAUAGUAAAAUUAUAAUAAUGAUACAUUGCACUUGUACUUUCUCUGAUAUCCUGUGUGGGCUUAAACUGAUUCUCUUAACUUUAAAAAUAAAAAUAAAAAAUCAGAUUAAGUAAAUAUGCAACAACUCAGCAAAAUAAUAUUGAGCCAAAUCAAAUCUCUUCACUUCUCAAAACAUAGCUGUUUUCACUGAUGCACCUUGGCAUUUGAUUUUUUUUUUUAAAUUUUACAGAAACAAAUAUUUAACAUUUGAUAUAAGCUGAUUUGACGGUACAGCCACUCUGCAAAAUACUCUUCUGUGAAAUGAUAAGACAUUAAAGAAAACGAGGAAAGAAAUAACUUUUCAUGUUAUGUACUAAAAUCAAGUAACAUUCAGUCAUUCCAUUAAAACAUUGCUUAUAUGUGUAGGUGGCCAUUUUGUCUCCCUAAUGAAAUCAAAGCAUUUCUACAGGGAUGUCUAGUAUAACAGUACACAUCAUAACAAAAUGGUUGUCAAUAAAAAAUUGUGUCACAGGGUAAUACUCCUGAUUUUUAUUGAGUCUUCAGAACUGUUGCAGGAAGAAAUUAGAAAUCUUUUGGAAACAUUUCUAUUCCCUGCAAAAUUAAAAAAAAAAACAACAUUUCAAGGUAAAAUCUGGUGUUAUAAAUAUGACAUAUUCCCAUUGUCUUUCUGAACUGUAACACAUUUGCUGUACAUUCCUCUUUUUUUAAGGUGUGUUAUCUGUAAAUUAAAGACAAAUGUGUAGUGAUAUCAUUCUGUAACUUUUAAGGAAAAAAAUGUUUUUUUUACUUUGAAUUAAGUUAUUUAUGUUGGGGAUGUGCUGAGAAAGCAGAUUUUUUUUCUGGAUACCUCGGUAACUAGC